CAGCUGUGAGCUCUUUGAUCGAGCCUGCGUGCUUGAGUAGCAUGGUUAGCUUAGCUGGCGCGCUGCGUAAGUCAGUAAAUAAGUGAUGUGAAUCAAAUAUUAGUUUAUCGGCCUGAUGACUGCUCAGAUCUUCUCUGCGUUAAACAUCCUCAUCAGGCCUGUGAGCGAGACCUCUGUGCAUGAUACUCGGUCCUCACAGCAGGAGGUGCUGUUGGCAGCACUGAAGUCCAAUAGAGAACUUCUGCUGGAACAACUUCAGUGUGAGAAGGAGUUUGAGGAGUUGAACCGGUGGAGGGAGGAGGUGAUGGCUGGAGCAGCCUGUUUGUCCACGGGCUCAGAGGACACUGUGUUGAACUUUGUCCAGGAGUGUCUUCUGCUGUUUCUCACCUUGAAGCGACACCUUUCUCUUCAGAUGAAACUUUUUCAGGAAGCUCAGAGUGUCUCGGGAGCUAAGCCACGCACUGCAGCAGUGGCACCACCGUUACCUCCUGAUGUCCUCAGUGUGGGCCAGCAGAAGAGCCUCGGUGCUGCUCUUCAGUUUGUGGUGUCUCUGGGGCUUUGCCCGUACUUGUCCCCUGGAGUUGGUGUCCCGCUCAGUUGUAGGUCAGCUUUUGGAGCAAUGGUGGAAAAGCUGGUCCACAGUGUUGCAGUCCCUGCAGCGGAACGUUGCCUUCUGACCACCACAAAUGUCCUGUUGCAGAUGGCCGAGCUGCCGUCUCUCGGCUCUUUGGUAUUUACGCAACACUUGGGGGACGUCAUGGCAGCGCUGUGUCAGCUGGGCUACCAGCCACGUCAGGCAGAUGGAUGCUCCAGUGAUGGGGAGAAGGUGGAGGAACUCAGUGCAGAUGAACGGAGAUCCUGCAGGGACUCCCUCAGAAACCUUCUGGGAAAAGUCUACCAACCAAUCAUCAUCAAGGAGCUGCUGAUCCUCCAAGGUGGUCCCAGAAAGUUGUGCACAGCAGAUAGCUCCAAGAAAAGGCCAGCUCUAGGACCUGCUCCGUCCUGGCUCAGGAACCUUUGUGGUCGGUUGCUUUCUGAAUGCGUGAUGCAGCCUAAGGGGGUCCAGGCUGUAGUCCGGGUCAUCCUGGAAGGAGGAACAGAGGGCGAGACAGAUUGGAGAAAAUGUGAUGCCGUGGCCAAGAUCCUGGUUACUUGUCCUCAGCAGUGUGCAUCAGCAGACGCCUACUACAGACAAGUGUGUGCUCAGAUUCUUGACCUCCUGCACUUCAAAGACAGACUGACAGCCCUGCAGUUUCAACGUGUUGCUACCAGGGCGGCGCUCUCCAUGGUGCAGGAAAAGCCUGACUUUGCCCAGCAGCACCUGUUGGUUCCUCUGUUCUUACCUCUGCACCGCUGUGCUACCACCUCCAACUCCGAUUCCGCCUCCGGCAAAGAGAAUUCCCUAGCAGCUGCUGUGGAGGAAUGGGAGCUGACGCGGUGCGUUGAGGAUGUGUACAAGUGUAGCAUGUCAGACACCCCCCGUGCACGUUAUGGACUGGACAAGACUAAAAUGUUACUCCAGAUCUGUGUGGUGGGAAACAGUCCAUCAGUUCUUCUUCUGAAAGCUAUGGAGGAGGUCCUUCUGGUUGUGUUCACACUUUACUGUUUCACCAGGCACAACGUGUCCCAUCUACGCGCCCCCUGUCAGGAGAUUUUGCUCUGGUACUUAAGCCGCUCUGAGGAGUCUGGAGCUCUGCUCAUGCUUAGGCAGAUAUCAGGUCUGCAGGAACAAAAGAACCAGGUUCCACCAGACUUCUGCUUCACCGCUGGAAGUGAGGGAGGAGCCAGGCUGAUCCAGAGAGAGAGCUGCAGUGACGAGGAUGACGCUCUGUUUGAGAAGCUGUCGGACGAGCAGUGGAGGACGGAGUGUCUGGUGCUGCUGCUGGCUGAGCUCAAAGACAGUGACCUGCCUGGAGACUUUUUCUUGGAGCUGCUGCAUGAGCUGACGCGCUGGGCAGCAGAAACGGAUGAAGACGAACAGGAGUUGGACACGAUGGACUUGAUGCUGCUGGAGGCGGAGCAGCAGCUCUUGGGUCAUGCUUCCCGCCGCGGCCGAAGACUGACUGUCCUUCAUCUGUUAGCUGUCAUGUGUGAGGUUCUGCCGCAUAGUCUGCUGCUGAGGAAAACCACACAGGUGGUGGAUUUCAUGGUGUCCCUGCUUGAGAGGGCCUCUGUGGGUGUGGAGCAGACUGGCCCCAGUCUGGAGAACCCAGUAGAGAGUCAGACGCUGAGCAUGGGGAUGGGCUUGGUGGCCACACUGCUGUCUGGACCCGAGCUCAGUCCAGAGGACUACGUGUCAAUGUCGAGCCUCCUCCCACCACUGGAGACACUGUCCCAGAAGCACCCUGAGGUCUUCAUCCAGGAGCUGGCGUCCAGCCUCAGAGCCGUCAUUGCCACACACGGUGCCUACAGACCUGAGAGCCUGAUGGCUGCUGCCCGGAGUUCCACGAACUCUGGAACCAAACCACAGAACCGUCCAGCUGUCCACAGCAAAAACAUACAAACUCAGCCCAGUAACUCACAGAUCAGGAGUCAAAGAUCUCCACCCAACACCCAAAGCAGACACCCAGUGGCCCCAGGAGGGUCCGCAGCAGGACCGGUUCCUGGAGGAGGAUACAGUGACCCCACGCCAAAGCCCUUCUCUGAUUGGCUGCUGGAGGCAUGUGAUCCAGCUGUGCCAACCAGAGCAUUCGCCCUGAGACAGCUGGUGCAGAUGGUGCAAGACAGGAACCCUGAGGCUGUCCAGGCCCAGGACAAAGUCCUCAUGCUUUUCCUAGAAAAUCUCCAACAUGAAGAUUCAUUCGUGUACCUGUCAUCAAUUCAAGGUCUGGCUGUGUUGGCUGAUUCCUACCCGGAGAAGAUUCUGGAAAGGCUUUUAGAAGACUUCCAACAUGGUUCCUCUCUCCCUUCAUCCAACAGAGACCACUCACUGGAAACGCGUCUCAAAGUGGGGGAAGUCCUCAUGAGAGCAAGCAGAGCCAUGGGGGAGCUGGCCCCCCACCUCGGUCGUCCCCUGCUGGGUGUCUUCCUGCGAGGAACCAGAGACCCAGACCAAAGUGUUCGUGCCAGCAGCCUGUCCAACCUGGGAGAGCUCUGCCAGAGAUUGGACUACGCUCUGGGUCCACUGGCUCAGGAGCUGAGCUCCUGUCUGACCGCGCUGAUAAAGAUGGAGGAGGAGGCGGAAGUGAGGAGAGCUGCCGUUCAUGUUGUCACCUUGCUGCUCCGAGGCCUCAGUAACAAAACCACCCAGGUUCUCGGUGACAUCUUGUUGGACCUGUACCGAGCUCUGAAGUGGGUGGUUCGGUCAGACCCAGAUGAUGUGGCGGUGCUUCACGCCCAGCUGGCCCUGAACGAGCUUGAUGAUGUCAUGAAGAGGUUCAUUUUCCCUGAGCAGAAGCUGGAGAAAAAGAUUGUGGUCCUUCCAUAGAUGUUAAACACAGCUCACAGACCGUAUUUGAGCCGCGUGUGACGUGAACGUUAGAACCACAUGGCUUCACGACAGCAGCACACAUCAGAGCGGCGUGUUCUUAUUGUUUCCUGUGGAACCAUCAGUCGUAAGAUCUGAAGUUAAUUCACUUCUCAUGAUGACUGAGUGUCAAAAGAACAGUUUAGUUACAAGUGAAGAAUAAAGUUGUUUUCACUGAACUCUGAUUUCAAAGAUGU